AUGUUCUUGGUUUACAAUAGCGCAGACUGUUCCGCUAAAAUUCCAUCCACAAAUUACAGCCAGGCGUUGAACUUGUUCUCAUCCUCGCUGCAAUCCGUCUACGAGGAAGAGGACAGCGGUCUGGUGGAGUCAGCACUCUCUGAGUUACACGAGCUCAGGCACUCGCCAAAGGUAUAUUUAAACGCUAAAAAAUAUAACAAGCUUUCUUUCUUGAGGAAAGUACAGCAACUCCUCUGCGACGACCUCUCCGUUGAGGGAUGGCACGAUAAAGAUAUCGAUCCAUCCGAUAUUCAGAUCCAGCGCAUAACAGGCGCACUCACAAACUCCAUCUUCUUUGUCAGCUACGAUGAUGCUCCGACCGUUCUCUUGCGUGUGUACGGCCCCUCUUCCACUUUGCUCAUUUCGCGCCCUCGAGAAAUGCACAUCCUCAAUACUCUCUCCAGGCACUACAACCUUGGUCCAAAGAUCUACGGUACCUUUGCCAAUGGCAGGGUUGAAGAGUGGUUCAGCAGUCGUCCCUGCUCAAAGGAUGAUAUACGCUCUGACCUGAAAAUAGACAUUGCUAAGCGCAUGAAAGAGCUUCAUCAGGUUGAUCUCAGGAAGAUGGAUGUAGUUGGCCCAGUCGCCCCCGGAUACAACGAACGCUCAACAAGAUAUGGCGUGUGGGAUAACAUCUCAUCAUGGCUCACGCCAGCUUCUGUCGUUUUAAAGAGAAUGUCCCGAGUAAAGUUCCCACAAAACCACCCCUACUACAACUUGGUAGAAGAUAUCAAUCUACCACUUCUAAUCCAGGAAUUCAAUGCCUACGAAGAUUACUUGAGGGAGUUUGAGGAGGAAGUGAAACCAUCACCCUUGGUGUUUUGUCACAAUGACACUCAGCCUGGUAACAUCCUCCUCUUAGAUCGCAAGCCAGUAGACAAACCAAGUCAUCAUAAGAUAUGUGUUAUAGACUUUGAAUAUGCAGCCCCAAAUGCCCGCGGAUAUGAUUUAGCGAAUCAUUUUACAGAGUGGAGGUACGACUACCACCACGAUACGCUCUCAUGGAAGCCUAUCCUCAGCUACCCAUCUUAUCAAGACAGACGAGCGUUUUACGAGGCGUACAUGAGCGAAUCUGAAAAGCAACCCGGUUGGAUAGAGAGACUAGAGGAUGAGCGCAAGACGUGGUCUCCUGCCAGUUUAGCUAUGUGGGGUAUCUGGGCAAUAGUGCAGUCCAGAGAUCAGGUGAAAGCGAUGGGCAGUAAGUUUGGAACAACUGUGCCUAGUUUAAAUACCUCCGCCGGCGCUGAUAUGGCGGUGAAUCUCGAAGAAAAGACUUCAGCUGUCGUACUCGAUGACGAGAGUUCAAGUGACGAAGAGACACCGGAGGAGAGCGGAGGGGAUGACUUUGAGUACCUUCUCUACGCAAAAGCCAAGAUAGAUGCUUUUAGAGAGGAGUUUUACAGCCUCAGAGAGGAAUGUGUGGAUACGCAAACCUAG